AAAAAUUAUUUACAAGUUUGAAUAUCUGCCAGCUGGAUUGUUCAACAGAGCUCAGGUAAAACUUCAAAUAAAAAAAUAUAAAAAAAACUUUAAAAAAAAUGAUUUUCUAUUAAAGACCAUUUUAAACGUACUAAAAUAUAGAAAAUAAUUUAAAAUUUAUUAAGAUGCAUUGCGCAAAGAAAGACUAUGCAGAAUUGUAAAUGGUAAUCUAGAUUCGAACUGAAUGCAGACAAAACUUGAAUAUGUAAUAUGUUGCAUUUAUUUUUCUCUUUUUAUUUAUUAUUGAAAAUAUUUUCUACACAGACUUUCUUUGCAUAAUGCAUUAAAAAUUUUAAAAAAUAUUUUCUACUUUUUAGCGCGUUUGAAUUCUUUGAUAGAAAGUCUAUUUUUAAAAGUUUAAACAAAUAUUUUAGAUUUGCUAAUUUUUAUAUAAAAAUAAUCCCCGAAAUCUCUCAUAUGAGCGCCCCUACCCAUCCUACUACUGCCCCUCCUCACACUUCUACAACAGUUCACUGAUGCAAGUUUGACACAACUCAGAUGUGGCUAGACGAUCAACUGAGCAAAAAUGUCACUGUCUAAACAAAAAAUUAUGAUGGAUAAACAAGAUGAAAAUUAUAAUAGAAAGAAAGUCUUUAAAAAGAGCCCAAAAUUUUGUCAAACAGGUUACGCUGAAGUUUUAUAUAAGAUAAAAACAAAUAAACAUAGUUUUGUUUAAAGGCCUUUACUUAUACUUCAAUUCUUCUAUGCCAGAUUUUAACAAUAAAUGGAACACAUUUAUACAAUUCAUAGGCAGCACAUAUAGUUUAGGAUAUUAAUGUGUUUUAUUAUUCUACUAAAAAUUUUUAAAAAUUAAUUUACAGGUGCGUUUGCAUCAAUUCAGUGAUAGCUCAGUUAUGUGGAAGAAAGGUUUCAUGCUGAAGAAAAACAAUCACAGAGCUUUGCUGCUUCAAACAAGGUAGACAGUUUGUUUAUUUGGCCUGCCUUUUAAAUGUGUUCACUGUAAAAUUUGUUCCUUGCUCAUGACAUAAUUUCAACUUUUUAAUUCUUUUGAUAAGAGCUGUAUGAAAUUCACAAAAGGCAAAUGGAUUUUCUAAAAUUAAUUUUUGUUACAUUUUCAACUAGAAAAGGGCAAGAGCUGCUACUGUCAGCAGCUUGUCAAUUUUAUUUCAAUAAAUUGGCUAAUUAAACCAAACUUUUAUUAUGCUGCUUAAAGUGUAUUACCAAGCAUGAAAUUUCAUGGCAAUUGCAUUUUCAUUAAAAAAUUUCAGUAACACAGAAGUUGUGGUAACUGCAAGAGGCUACAAGCCUGAAAACACAAUCUUUUUAGUACACGAGGUGUUUGAAUGUCUCAUAGCAGACUCUUACAGCGGCGUGGCUUAUGACUUCUCCAUACCUUGUGCCGACUGUGUGGCAGAGGUAAGUCAAUAAAUUGAGUGCAGACAGAAUGUGAAGAAGAAGCUUUGAAAAUAUCUUACACCAAAUGACAAUUUUAUUUUUUGAACUCCCUCCCCCCAUUGUCACAAUUUUUUUGUGAAAAGUUAUACCCCUCUUAGAAAUCCUUUGCACCCCUCCAAAAUCCCUCUGUCCUUUGCAAACCCUUUAAAAAAAGUCACCUUCCAUGGAUAUGGAAUCAGUGCAUCUGUGUCAGAAAAAUUUUCCUAGAACUGUGGUUCUUAUUCAGGGGUGAAGACCCAGAAAAUUGUAUUAGCUGCCAUCGCUAGUUGUUGCUACUUUAUAAAAAAGAUUUUAUAAAUUUGAUUAGCAGCAGUAAAUGUUUUGCUGUUGAAUUUUGUUUGCGAAUUACUUGUAAUGGUCAUUUUUUUUUCUUCUCUCCAGAAAGUUAAUUAAAGAAAUAUAACUACAAUAACUAAAUCAUUUAAUUAUAUCCAUUUGAGAUUUUUUAAUGGCAAUAUAAUUUAUGCAAGGGGAGUGUUGUUUGCAGUAAAUGUUUUCUAAUUGAGGUUAUUUGCAGCACUACAAAACUAUUAAGUUUCAGUGCCCUAGAACAUUCACUAAGAUCACGCUCACUAAUCAUUGUUUGUUCCAUCCUACUUCACACAGUAGAUCUAAUUCUUUGACUCCUCUCUCCACACUUUGACAUAAAUUCUCACGACUGUCAAUAUCACUACACUCCAAUUCUCCUCCUCAUGGUGGCCUUUGACUUGAUCAACAGUUUUAAUUAUUUUAUUGUUAAACCGUUGUUUAAAAGUAAAAUAAUUAAAAACUGUUGUAUAAAAGAAUAAUUUUACAAAUGUCUGUAAUUUAAUGUUAUUAAGUGCAAUUUUUUCAGUAAUGUUCCGCUUUCAUUGGGCUCUUAAAACCCCUCCUCCCUUCGUCACAAAAAUAUGACCCCCCACUCCCCACAUGACUCUUGACACCAUUUAUUGAUGUCCCCAAAGUCAAUGAUACAUUUUUGGAUGACCUAUCGAGAUUUGAAAAGUCUAUUUUUUUAAUGCAGUUUACCAUUGAUCCCUGCAUGUUUUCUGCGGCCAAAAUAAAAAGAGCGUUUGAGCUGAAGGCACCAUUCUUACAGUGUGACAAGAACUUCCACAUCAUUUCAAUCCCUGAAAUACUUGGUAAGUACAUACUAUAGAAAACAGUACAACUGAAAAAGCAAAUACAAAACUGUAGUCAUUUUUUCCAUGAAAAAUCUAUCCUUUAACUCUAAGUUUUGAAAGAACAUCCACAGGAAAAUAAACCUAGUUUUUUUCCAGCUCUUCAAUUUGAGCAGUGGCAAAAAGUGGGCAGAAUAGCAGAUAAUUUAAUUUUUUGAUUCAACAAAGUCAAAAUGUAAAUCAAAUUUACAUCACACUACACAAAAUUCAACAAUGGAUUGUCAUAUCCUCAUGACAGAUAACAUUUCAUAGUGUAUUACAUGUGGGCAAAGAAACACUUUGCAACUAAAGAAAUCACUACUCAGUGUUUGGAAAUUUCUAGUGUGUAAAAAGCCAGGAUUAUAAAAUUCUGAGCCCUUCAUAUCACCUUAGGAUAACACCCAAAGUGGACUUAUUGGAAAUAAAAUGCUACUAAACCAUCAAAUUAUUCAGAGUAUGUGACACAGUCGACAUGGAGGACAGAUUAGGAACAUAUUGCAGCUGUAGUGCGAAUUUUUACAUUUUCAAAUUAGUUUUUAAUAGCUAUUAUUGUCUGUGCUGAUGUCAGCAACAAAUUAUCAUUUUUAUAGUCACUAUUUUGUAUCAAGCACAUUUUUUUGCAAAGUACAAUCCAUUUCCAAUCCAUUGAUAUCCACACACUUGGGGUCUAUCUCUUAUAUGAAUCGCAGCCUUUAUAUUUAAGUCUAACAGUGGUCUUGUUGUGUGUGUGUGUGUGUGCCUGAGAGUGCUUGGUAUAACCAAAUACCACUGGGAGUCAAAAGUUAAAAGAUUUUAUCCCACUGGAGUCAAAGAGUUAAAAGAUUUUAUGCCACUGGGAGUCAAAGAGUUAAAAGAUUUUAUGCCACUGGGAGUCAAAGAGUUAAAAGAUUUUAUGCCACUGGGAGUCAAAGAGUUAAAAGAUUUUAUGAUACAAAAAAAAAAAUUAAGUUAAAAUUGAAUUCUACAACUUACAUUGCCUACAAAGAAAUAUCCAUGAUACAAACUUUAAAAUAACAACCUCCUCUGCUUUCAGCAUCCUUGCCACCAGAUGCUAAUGCAGACUUUGAUGAACAUCUGGGCAGAAGCGUACGAGAGUUACAGGAGCUGGAGGAAACAGUUGCAGUGCAGGUUUUCUAUAUUUACACUCAGCGAAACAUUCCUGACCUGAGCAACGCCGAGAAGGUCGUCAAUCCAAUACACAUUCUAGAAGAUAUAAGAACUGCAGGUCACAGUGUGUAAGUAUAGAUAAGAUGGAAGCUCUGUUCAGAGAUGAGGCAAAUUUAAAUAGGAGUUUUCUUUCAAUAAACAACUAAGUGUGUGCAGAUAGAUGGUUGAAACUGGUACUAAAUUUGAUUGAGAUUGGAUUUUAAGUUUGAGCAAAGAAUAAUUUUUUCUCAAGAAAUGGUUUAGUUAAGUGUAUGUUUUGUUAUUGUAUUCCAACCUUGGUGGAGUAACAAAGCGCAGGUGACAGAUAUGAUUUUAAACUAACUAAUGUUAUGCUAAAGUUAACAUUUUUAAUGCAAUUGUUGUGCUAUAAUAUUGAAAUUUAAAAAGAUGUAAAGUUUUAAGUGAUAUGUUCUUAUGAGCUCUUAAAAGAAAGACUUUGACAAAGCAGUGGUUUGUUUGAUGAAGCAUUUUUAAUAUUUUAAUUCAAAUGCUAUGCAUCUGAAUUGUAUCUUUUUUUUUUUUUCAGUUCUUAUUGUGAUGACCCUGAUACUGCAAAUAUGGAAUCCUUGACAGUGUCCAUAAAAUCAGCCCAGGUAUCGACAUAAGCCCUGUCAAAUAAACAAAGAAACAAACCUGCCAUCUGAUGUUAUAUUUUACAUGAUUCUGUUUAUAUCAAAUGUGCUAAAAUAUUGUUGUAACUUUUAUGCUCAAUGACAUCUAUAAAUCUAGCUAGAUAUCAUGGUUAGCUAGAUAUCAUGGUUUCAUUAUUAGAUCAUAUUUAGAGUUGUUUUUGUAUGGUAGAGUAAACCCUUUAAAAAAUACAAAAAUGUAGAAAGCAUUUCAUUUGUAAAUGUUAAGAAUUUAAAAAAUAAAAUGAUAUUAAAUAUCCCUUGUUAUUAACAAAGAGUAUAAUGAGUAAACAAGUGCAUUUUUAGGCAGAUGAAAAAAGUAUUAUGCACAAGUACUAAUAUUACAAACAUUCAAUGCAUGUUUCUCUGCCCAGGUGAUUGUGGUGGCCAUAUCUGAUGAGUUUGUGGCCUCUCAAAAGUGUCGAGACCUGAUCAUCUUCAUCAAGCAGACCCUGCACAAAAAUUUGGUUCUAGUGGCCAUCGGAUCAACACUCUCAUGGCAGGAGAAGGAUAUAAACCUGGUGUUGGCCGAUGAGGUGCACGUCUGGUCGAUGUUGAUGAUAAAACUUAAUUAUGUCAUUGGAAGAUAUGCCUCAUGCAUUUUUAAAAAUCAAUAACUGUAUAUAAAUAAGUAUUGAAUCAAUUUGACUGUAACAAUAAGUUUUUCAAGUUAGUUUUAAAAGCUUGUUGAUUAGUUCUAUACAAUUCCUUGAACCAGUUAUUCACCCUUGAGGUCUGACUUUGCUGUCAGAAAAGUUAUUACUUUUUAAAAUUUACCAAAAUCUAUAAAUUCAUUCUGAAGUCUGUACACUCCCACAACAGCACAUUCACACUCCAGCCGAAUCAGUAAGAGUUUUUGUUCUCUGUCCAGGUGUUUGUAAAACUGACUCAGAUUGAAAGGUACGGCUCCAAAAUACAUGAACUGAUUGAGGCCAUUCAAACCAGGAAGCAGAAGAAAAAGGUUUUUGUUGACUUACUUAUUUUCAUAUAUGUUUUCAUUAUAUGGUGUUAGGUAUAGAACUUACAAAAUACUUGGCAGUAUUUACUCUCAUUUGAUUUAAAAGUAGUGUUUUAUGAUUUAUGUAUAGUGUGGCGGAUUUUACUUUUCAUUGUUUAGCUAUUUUGGAAUAAUGUUGCCCACCUCGGUCUGGGAAUGAUUAUUUAAUAAUGAUACGCUUCCCAGCGUUGAGACGUCAAGUAAUUUAACACUAAGCGCCAUGUUCUCUUGUAAUGAACAAAACUGUCUUAUGGACUGUGCACAGGAAAGAUGUUCAUUUUUGUGCACUUAUAAAAAAACUUACAUUAAACUUUCAUGAUCAACCUAACUGUAGUGCAAAAUUAUAAUUUUUAAAAAAUAAAAGGAAAAAAACAAACUUGGAUCUCCAGAUCCAGGUAUUUCCCAUGGCCUGAAAUGCAUUUCUUCCAACGUACACAAUCUCAGGACAUCUCACCAUUUAUGACACAUUACAUGUAAUUAGUAAAAUAAUGACUACUAACACUAAAUCCACCUCAAUGCCAUUCCAUACAAAUUUAGUUUAGCAGUACAUAUAAUAUUUACUAAUAAUUUAAAUAAUUUCCUACAUUUCAGAUUUUGUAUCCAGAAUGUUUUAUCAGUUACUGUUGGGCUAAUUCUAAAACUGCCGUUGACCUUGGCUCAGCUACCAAAGAAGGGGCGUUAGGUUGGGGUGACCCUCGAAAGAUUAAGGAGCUCUUGCAAUCCAAGGGGAUAAGUUGCUGGCUGGAUGUGGAACAAAUGGGACAGGUCAAGAUUUUCUUUAUUGGAUCUCAUAUUAAUCAUAUUUUUAUUGUGGUAACUCUUCCAAAAUGAGAUUAACUUUAAAAAAAAAUAAAAUAAGGCUGUUCUUUAACUUGUAGUUUGAAAAGGGAGCUUAUUUCAGACUUUCUUAAUCAUUAAACAGGAGGGUUUCUUUGAGGAUAUUGCUGAAGGUUUGCGCAAGGCCAAGGUCAUGGUUGCCUGUGUUUCAGAUGAGGUGAGAAUGGAAACUAAUUUAAUUUUCAUUUAUUGUAUAUGAAACAAUGAAGUAAAUAAUUAAAUAAAGAUCUUUUAUGGAUGGAAAUAAUAACAGAUCUUUUAUAGAUAUAAAUAAAGAUAUGUUGUGGAUGUAAAUAAAUAAAUAAUUUAAUCAAUGCUCUUUUAUGGAUGCAAAGAAAUUAAAAUAAAAUAGAUAACAAGAAAUUUGAAUUUGGAAAAUUAUAAUUUAAUUGAAUAGGGAUCAUAAUUUUUUUGAAUUGAAAUAAUUUAUUUCAGUAUGCAAACUCCAAGAACUGCAGAAUGGAGUUUCGUUUUGCAGUUACAACACUAAAGAUACCAACGAUCCUCGCUGUGGUGGGCACAGGGUACAAUUGGGAAAGGAGUGAGGUCAGAUUUCAAACCGUUUAA